AAACAAAUCUCCCAUUAUCUACGAAUUUUAGAACUACUUUGCCAACUUUGUCCAGAACAGACGCCGGACUUUAAGGUUAUGGAAGACCAUUUCUUACGUGCCCAUGUGAACAAAGUACGUUACGAAUGGGUUGUCCAAGUAGUAUGUCACUCUCAGUCGAUUUAUGCUUGUGACUACUGUGGCAAGCGUGGGCGCUGGAACUGUGUCAAAGCACAUAUUCGAACUCAUACUGGUGAAAAACCGUUUAAUUUGUUCUUUUAUUGUAAAACAUGUGGUCGAUGCUUCGCUGAUGCUAGUACUCUGCGUCGUCAUCAUCUUGUUCAUUCUGGAGAGAAAAAGCACAGCUGUCCGAUCUGCGGUCGGAGAAUCGCUCGCAAGGAUAACGUCAAAACGCAUAUAAAGCGCCAUGGGAUCAAUUGUUAA